AGAACACUACAUUUCACCACAGACUACACAAUACAGCUCAGUCGCAGUCCUUUGUGCUGUUCUUUGCCCUGCGCUGCCCUGCCCUCGCUAUAUAAAUUCACAGCAGCUCAAUUUCACUCUCUUGUUCCGCCAAGUUCCCCCACUUCCCCCUUCUCUCUCUCUGCAACUUCUCCACCACUCUCUCUCUCCUCUCCAUUCCACUGCUCCUCUGCUUUGCUUUAUGCUGCUGUUCUUCAUAAACCCUAGCACCCCACUCCCCUUGUUGCUACUUGCUAAAACCCACUUUUCGUUUCCGUUUCUGCUACUUUGAUCCGCCCUCCUGCCACUAUAAUACUACCACUUCUAUUCAGAUUGGAAGCUGUCAAGUUUUUCGAUUCUGGGCUUCCCUAAUUUCACUUCCUAUUCCCUUGUUCUUCGUUUUCAGUCUCCCACCAAUCCUGCUAUUCCUCAUCCUCCCACUCUAUUGCUUGGAAUCUGCUGCUGAGAAUGGUGAUGGUGGAGACUGAGGUCGCCGACGAUAACAAAGACACCAGUGGCCGCAAGUCUCCUUGGAAGACCCCCACUGCGGUCGGCGGGAAUGAGGUGGAUUCUCCGGUUAUGGGAGCGGACUCUUGGCCUGCACUCGCCGACGCGCAGCGCCCCAAAACUCUCGAUGCCACUACUUCUGCCAAGUCUUCUGAUUCAGGCGAGGUUUCUGAUGGAGCAGCUCUUCAGUCUCCUUCGUCAGGAGCUCAGGGAACAUAUGCACAAAAGUCACCUGCAUCUCGGAAUCCAAGUUAUUCACACAAGCAUUUCCAAUCACAUCAUCAAAAACCAAGCUCUAAGCGCAACACAAAUGGUGCUCCACAUAUUUCUGUUCCAUUACCUUAUCAUCAACCACCAAUGCCUCCACUUUUUCCGCCAAUAUUACAUCCACCACAUCUUGCUGUUCCGGGAUAUGCUUACCAGCCUCGACCUGUAGCUGGUGUUGAAGUACAUAUGGUUAAGCCUGGGAAUGAGACAUCAGUACAAGCUUUUGUUCCACCUGUCGAGCCUCCACCCCGAGGUGAUCCAAGUGCUUAUGUUGUUGGUAUUCAUAAUAGAAGACCUAAUAUGCAAGAUUCUGGUAUCCAUUGGAAUCAUGCCUGGCAUCAUCAACGGGGAUUUAAUCCAAGAGACAACAUGUCCAUGCAACAUGCUGCUGGACCACGCCCUUUCAUACGGCCCCAGUUUUUCUCUCCAGCUCCUAGCUUUGUGGUUGGUCCAAGUUUUCCUGGACAUGCACCUAUGUACUAUGUUCCAGUUCCACCUCCUGAUGCAAUUGGGAGACCUCCUCAGUUCAUUCCACACCCUAUAACUCCAAGGGCUUCAAUGCUUCCCCCAGAUAUGCUAGCUCUUCGAGCAAACAUAGUAAAACAAAUUGAGUAUUAUUUUAGCGAUGAAAAUCUGAAGAAUGACCAUUACCUAAUAUCUUUGAUGGAUGACCAUGGAUGGGUUUCAAUAUCAGCCAUUGCUGAAUUUAAAAGGGUUAAGAAAAUGAGUAAUGACAUUCCGUUCAUCCUUGAUUCUCUGCAUACAUCUGCAAAUGUUGAAGUUCAGGGUGACAAGGUGCGAAAACGUGAUGAAUGGUUAAAGUGGAUUCCAAUUCCUGCAGACUCUAAAUCGACAUUAAAUGUUGAGACUUGUUCCAAUCCGGUGGAUGAGUCUACUAACUCUUUGGUGGAUGAGUAUACAUUAGAUGGUAGUAGAAUGCAGGCAUCUGAAGAUAAUAUCAAAUCUUCACUACAACAGGGUUGUUCACUGGAGCAGUUUUCGAACAGGGACAGCCCGGAAGUCGCAAAUAUAGAUGUAGUAGAAGACCAUUCUCAUGGAACUAUGUCUCAAGGCAUAGGGAUUUCAUCAAAUGUUGGCGCUCAUAAUGUUGAUGACCUAUCAAGCCAGUUUUCAAGCACUUUCAUGCUUGACGAAGAGCUAGAGAUUGAGCAGAAAACAAUAAAAAAGGAUGAUUUGACUUCAAGUGGAAGGAUUGACGAAGAUGACGACGAGAUUGCUGUCAAUGAUCAAGAUGUUCAGAGACUUAUUAUUGUCACCCAGAAUAGUGGCAUUGAAAAGAGAUCAACGAAUGGAGGCAAAGAAUCAAAAUCAAUAUCUAAAGAGCUUGCUUCAACAAUAAAUGAUGGUCUUUACUUCUACGAGCAAGUACUGGAAAAAAAGCGAUCUAAUCGAAAAAAGAGCAAGAGUAACUCAGAGAAUAGGGAAGGAACCUCGAGAUUAUCUGGAAAUGCUUCAGGAUCAGCAAGGGCAAAACCUAGUGACAAUUCUGCUGGAUACUGUGGUUUGGAUGAAAUUGGGAAUUCUAGUCCCAGGAAGAAACAAACUAAAACCUUCCCCAAACAACAAUCAUCGCAUAAGCAACGCUUUUUCUCCAGCAACUUCAGAAAUCAUGGAACCAGUCGGAACUCUCUUGGGAUUGUAGCAGAGAGUCCACCAAGCAAUUCUGUUGGUUUUUUCUUUGGUUCUACUCCUCCUGAAAACACGAGCUCCAGGCCGUCAAAAUUGAGUGUUUCUCCUCAUGGGUGUCUCCUUGGCAAUAGUCCACCUGUGGGUUCCCUGCCCAAGUCUUUUCCACCAUUUCAGCAUCCCAGUCACCAACUUCUAGAAGAAAAUGGUUUUAAACAGCAGAAGUACCUGAAGUUUUACAAAAAGUGCUUGAAUGAUAGAAAGAAGUUGGGAAUCGGUUGCAGCGAGGAAAUGAAUACUCUAUAUCGAUUUUGGUCUUAUUUUCUUAGAGACAUGUUUGUCGUUUCAAUGUACAACGACUUCCAAAAAUAUGCAUUGGAGGAUGCUGCUUCUAACUAUAAUUAUGGAAUAGAGUGCCUUUUCAGGUUCUAUAGUUAUGGUUUGGAAAAGGAGUUCAGAGAGGAUCUAUACACAGACUUUGAACAGCUUACCCUUGAGUUCUUCCAGAAAGGAAAUCUUUAUGGCCUUGAGAAAUACUGGGCUUUCCACCACUAUCGUAGACAACGAGACCAGAAAGAGCCCCUAAGGAAACAUCCAGAACUGGAAAAGUUACUUAGGGAGGAAUACCGUAGCUUGGAUGAUUUCCGUGCUAAAGAGAAGGCAGCAAAUGCAAAAGAAGACGGGCAUUAGAGUGAUGUGAUAAAGCUUUAUGGCGACAUUCCAAUUUUGAACAACAAUUCUAACAACUUGAUAGUUGAGUUGAGGAGCAAGUUUGGUUUUGAGGCUGAAAUGGCUUUGUACAUUAUAUCAGUAAGUAAAUGCCUCUGUUAUGGCUGCUGAGGUUUCUUAUAAUUUGAAGUGAGGCUCUGUCUUGGGGUAUAUAUCUUCAUUUUGGUGUUGCCUGCAAGCUUGAAGAAGAGGUCCCCACGUUGCCUGUCAGUCGCAUUGGUAUUCUCUGGACUGUAACAUUGUAAAUAGGGGAAAAGGAAAUUUUGGAUAAGCAACAAAAAAGCAAAAAAAGAAAAAGAAACAUUGUUGUUGUUUAGGCCUUGUGAGAACUGAAUAAUAAGAAAAUUUGAUUUUUUUGGCUGAUUAUUAACUCUCUGUUGUUUUGUCGCAGCACUA